AUGAUGGCAGCUACACCAACAGCAUGAAGAGAGUGCGCAGAGUGGAGGAUUGACCCUCGAUAUGACCCAUUUCUUCAGUCGCCACAUUUGCUAAGUAGACAGUUACCGUUAGCUUGACUGUGUCUGUACCAGUGUCUCUUCUACCCGCCGGCCUUUUCCCACUGGUGUCUGGAGAAAUGCAGAGAUUGCGGUCUUUGAAAAGGGGCUGGCAGCUGCUGAAGUCAAGCUGUGAGGGAGCAGCAAAACAUGUAAACACCUCGCCUUCGUCCUCAAGAAAUUAUAGCCAUCUCCAUCCUCAGGGCUACAACUCCUUUGGGCUCCUCUUUGACAUAGAUGGGGUGCUGGUGCGAGGCAGGACACCGAUCCCUGCAGCCAAGCAGUGCUUCAGGAAUCUGGUGGACCGCAAUGGGAAAUACAAAGUGCCUGUGGUGUUUGUCACAAACGCCGGGAACUGCAUGAGGCAGACCAAAGCUGAACAUCUGUCACAUCUGCUUGAGGUUGAGGUGUCUCCAGACCAGGUGAUGCUGUCCCACAGUCCUUUGCGAAUGUUCACUCAGUUCCACAAAAUGUGUGUGCUGGUGUCGGGACAGGGUCCUGUGGAGGAGGUCGCUCACAACCUGGGCUUUCAAGAUGUUGUGACUAUAGAUAUGCUCAGAGAGGCAUAUCCGCUACUGGAUGUCGUGGAUCACAACAGAAGGCCCAAAGGCAGUAUUCCACCCACCAAAGGCUUACGGCCAAUAGACGCUGUCAUCUUAUUUGGCGAGCCAAUCAGAUGGGAGACCAACCUCCAGCUUAUCGUUGACGUGCUCCUAACAAACGGGAACCCAGACAAUACCUGGAGCUCGAUGCAGUACCCUCACAUCCCGGUCCUGGCCUGUAACAUGGACCUGCUGUGGAUGGCCGAGGCGAAGAAUCCUAGGUUUGGUCACGGUAUGUUCCUGGUGUGCUUAGAGAGCCUGUACAAGAAGGUCACAGGCCAUGAGCUGAAGUACGAGGCUCUUAUUGGUAAACCUAGCGUGGUGACUUAUAACUACGCUGAGCUGCUGAUCAGACAGCAGGCUGAGAGACUAGGCUGGACCUCACCUGUGAAGAGGCUCUAUGCUAUAGGCGAUAAUCCCAUGGCUGAUAUAUACGGAGCCAACCUCUACAACCGCUACCUCCAAGCUUCCUGGUCCACCAAGGCCCAGAAGCAGGCUAAGAGUGGCGGAGGAGGUGUAGAUCCCUUGGCCGAUACUGUUGAUGAUGCACCUAAAAUGACAUCAGCAGAGCUCGGCGGAGCGUCCAGUGUUUACGGGGCAGAGGAGGACCUCCCAGAGGGGUGCAGUUCCAUCCUGGUGUGCACAGGAGUGUACAGCAGGGACCAGCAGGAGCUGCUCUCAGACACAACACAAACAGUCACCGAGCAACAAAUCUUCCACGGCCACCGGGACUUCCGCUUUGACCCCAGCCUCACACAGCCGUCCUUCGUGGUGCAGGAUGUAAAGGAAGCAGUGGAGCUGGUGUUCCAGCAGGAGGGCUGUCCUCUGGAGUAGGACGAGCCUCUCAAACUCUGGCUCCAUCUCACAGCCUUCCAGUAAACAGCUCUAACACCUCGUAACCAGUAGCAGCAGAAGCUUUGUGAGAGUGUUUGUU